CCAUCUUCCUCGACAGCCUUCGGUGGCAGGGAAGUACGGUAUCGGCCUUCCCGUCACGUCGCUCCCCGACAAAAAAACAAUCUAUAUAUUUCUUUGUUCUCCAUUUUCACAUCCAUAUUCAUUCCCUUGUAAAACAAUUCAGCUUUGGAUCGAAAAUCCCUAGAAUAUGGAUGAUCACGUCGGGGUGGUCGACGACGGCGGAAUCAACUGCAACGGCGUUCUGGCUCCUCCUUCCUUGCCUCAGAAGCUCAUUAUUGACACUGAUCCCGGGAUCGAUGAUAGCAUGGCAAUCUUGAUGGCAUUUCAAACUCCAGAGGUGGAGAUUAUAGGCUUGACAACAAUAUUUGGUAAUGUUACUACUGAAGAUGCUACACGAAAUGCCUUGCUCCUGUGUGAGAUUACUGGCUGUCCAGAUGUUCCAGUAGCAGAGGGCAGCCCUGAACCUCUAAAGGGUGGAAGGCCACGUGUAGCUGACUUUGUUCAUGGUUCUGAUGGAUUGGGUAACAUCUUCCUACCUACCCCUAAAGCAAAGAAAUAUGAAAAGAGUGCAUCUGAAUUUUUAGUGGAAAAGGUUUCUGAAUAUCCUGGUGAAGUGUCUAUUCUUGCACUUGGACCGCUGACAAAUUUGGCAUUGGCAAUCAAAAGGGACUCUUCCUUUGCAAGCAAGGUUAAAAAGAUUGUUGUACUUGGAGGCUCAUUCUUUGCAUUGGGGAAUGUAAAUCCUGCUGCUGAAGCAAAUAUAUAUGGAGACCCAGAAGCUGCAGAUGUUGUGUUUACCUCAGGGGCUGAUAUUGUUGUUGUUGGGAUAAACAUCACAACCCAGGUCAAAAUGACAGAUGAUGACCUUCUUCAAUUGAAGCAAUCAAAGGGGAAGCAUGGUCAAUUGUUGAGUAACAUGUGCAAAUUCUAUAGAGAUUGGCAUGUGAACUCUGAUGGAGUCUAUGGGAUUUUCCUUCAUGACCCUGUCAGUUUUGUAGCUCUUGUUAGACCAGACCUUUUCACCUACAAGAAAGGAGUUGUUAGGGUUGAGACACAGGGCAUCUGUGUGGGGCAUACCUUAAUGGAUCAAGGAUUAAAGAGAUGGAACGGAAGCAACCCUUGGACAGGCUAUUCCCCCGUUUCUGUUGCUUGGACGGUCAAUGUAGAUGAGGUCCUUGAUUACAUCAAGGAACAGUUGAUGAAACCGUGAAGUCCAGAAUCUGUGAUUGUCAUUUCAAAGUUGUCCAAACCAAAGGUUCGAAGAUGAGGUUGAAACUGAUUUCUGCUAAGCCUCCUGUGAUUGUUCUCUUCUUGUUGGUAGUAGCCCAAGUCUAGGUUUCAAGGGCUCACAAUUGUUUUCAUGUUAGUAAAACUCUUGAAAAACCUUCUGUUCACUCAUUGCACUGGGCAAAUUCUCAAGUUCAUUAAAACAUAAACAGAUGAAAAACUUAAAUACUCUUUCUAUCUGGCAACCUUCUUGAUACGUUGCAGAGCUGAAUCAUGUUUUGUUCUCUUGUUUCUAAACUCUUCAAAUAGAAGUUAAGAUAUUAUCAACAAGAACUUGACCGAGGUGAUUUAUGGUUCUUUUGAAGUUUGAAACUUGAAACCUCUGUAUAGCUUCCUAUAAGUUAAAAAAGGUCCAAAUGUACG